AUGUCAUUGACGGCCACCAAGAAGCCACCUCCGCCGCUCACGAGUUCGCCAUAUCCAUUCGCUGCAGCCCCCGACAUUAUCCGCGCGCAUCAAAAAGAUGCCUAUUUCCAGGGCGUCCUCACUAACCAGCUGACCGACCUUCACCGGCGCGUUCGCGGUGCCCGCUCCGCCCACUCCUGGGCCACCGAAACCCGCACGGCUGCCGACCUGCUCUACCUAUGCCUCACCACCCUCCUCGGCAACCGCACCCUAGGCGAGGAGUACUGCGACCUAGUCCAAGUCGAAGAGCCGAGUACGGGCGGCAACGGCAGGAUACCAGACACCCAAAGCCCCAUCGAACCCAGCAGCGAAGCCGGCGGCCCCCGUCUACCCUCGCUCCAGCGACGAGCCGGCUACAUCGUCAGCAGCGUUCUUGUCCCCUACCUCUUCAGCCGCCUGCUGCCCUCCAUCCGCGCCGCGCUGCGCAAGCGCCUCCAGGACCGUCUCACCGUGCUUGCCCGCCAGGGCCGCGGUGACACCAAGGGCGCCACCCCAUCUACCUCCAUCAACAAGGGCGGUGGUUUCUCCACAGUGUCAACGCUUGAGUACCGCGUGAAGCGCUACCUGCUCACACACCUGACUUCCAUCACCAGCGGCGCGCACCUGCACGCCUUGACGCUGGCUGUAUUCUACUUUUCGGGUGCUUACUACUCUUUCUCCAAGCGCCUCUUCGGGCUGCGAUAUGUGUUCACGCGGCGCAUCGAGGAGGGUCAAGGCGGUCCCGCGGGCUAUGAAGUGCUCGGCGUGCUGCUGGUGGUGCAGAUGCUCGUCCGGGGAUACCUGCAUGUGACGGCGCAGCUCUCGUCAACUUCGCCGCUUAGUGCCGAGGAGGCCAGUACCGAGGCAAGCAUUCGGGAGCGCGCUUUUGGGCCGGGCGCUGCGGGCACACUGGAUGUGUCGUUAGAUGAGAAUGCCUAUAGCAGCAAUAACGAGCUGCUGGUGGAGACGGGCACGUCUGGCGGCAAGUCGGGCAACCAGCGUAGUUUGGCGGAUAUUGGACGGACGACGCACACCCCUGUGCCCAAGGGCGGGAGGGCGAACUACGACUUGGCGGCGAAUGAGGAGGUCAUGGGCUGGAUCAAGGGGAGACAGCAGAGGAUGUGCACGCUUUGCUUGGAAGAGCUAAAGGACCCGGCGGCGACUCAGUGCGGACAUGUCUUCUGCUGGUCGUGUAUUGGAGACUGGGUGCGCGAGAAGCCUGAGUGUCCGUUGUGCAGACGUGAGACGAUGGUACAGCAUAUUCUGCCAUUGAGGGUUGCUUAGAGCAGUCCUUGUAUGGCGGUCGGGGGGACAAAAUACUUAAUAUACGGGAGAUAUGACAAAAAGCAGCAGUCUUACCACGUCCUCUCGAGAACAGAUUUUGGGUAGUGUUUGCCCAUGACAAGGAGCGAACAGUCAACAACUGCGGUUUAGAGAUAAUUGUAUAUGCAGCAAGCAUGUUGCCAGGAGAGAGAGCCUGUUUUAGUACAUAGCCUAAUGAUUGAAUGAUCCGACAUA